AUGGGAAUCGGAAUAAGCAAACUAGCAAGUGCCAUCUCUUGUUUUACCAGCAAACAAGUAAGAGUUCCAUCUUCUUUGGCCGGGAAUCAAGAUCUCGUAAGAGAAAUCCUCUCAAAAUUACCUGUCAAAUCUUUAGUUAGGUUUAGGUGCGUAUCAAAAGAGUGGUAUGCUCUCCUAAACCAAGAGUUUAUUCUGAACAUCAAUCGAAAUUACCUUCCCAAUCUUUGUUUACUCUACGGUCAGAAUAUUGUAAGUGGACAUCAUCAUCAUGAGUUCUCAUUGCUUGGCAGAAAAGUCGACACACUUUCGAGACUAGAGUUUACGGCAUCUGUCCUCGAUGAUUCGGUUGAGAAGAUAUAUAUUGUGGGAUCUAGUAAUGGUUUAGUCUGCCUUCAUUUUCUUGGAGAUCGAACCAAAACGAAGUCAAUCAUCGUAUGGAACCCAGUAACAGAGCAAUACAGGAAACUUCCUAAGCCAUUGUCUUUUGAGUGGGAUAAGCUGACCGAACCACUUGUAGGUUUUGGGUUCAUUCAGGACCAUGGCAUGAAUAGUACCGAUUACAAAGUGGUGAGGAUUUCAAGAAGCAAAGGUGAUAUAAGACUUGGUUUAAUUGGUUAUGUAACCCAAGUCUUCACCCGAAGUGCAAAAUCAUGGAGAGUAGUUAAAGAGUGUAACCCAUCACGUUAUCUGUUUUAUAAACAGUCUUCCAUUACUUUGAAUGGAGUGUUGUAUUCCUUGGCAUGGACUAGGACGGGCGUCAACAUGGCAUACAGCGUUUUCUCAUUCAAUCUGCAGGAUGAGGUAUUUCAUAACAUACAGUUACCGCAGUCUAGUACUAUCAGUGUUGGAAGACUCUUUGUAUGGAACAAUUUGGUUGCCUAUUCGACAUGGGCUGAUCAUAGUUGCCAGUAUGAUGUUUGGGUGAUGACAACAGAAUCUAGAGAUGAUACACAAAUGCCAACUAACUGGAAUUGGACUAAACAAGUUACAAUCAAACCUCCGAUUAGAUGGUAUUAUGGACCUCCCUCUGGAGUUUGGAAUGAUCAAUUUAUUUUUUACAAGGGCCAUACUCACAGUAAACGAGGAUCUGAACUAUAUCUGUAUACGUAUGACCUUGCAGAUCAGAAAGAGAGGAUGCUUUUAGGACCAGAAACUGAUUACUGUUGCCUUCAAGUGGUAGAUUACGUGGAGAGCCUAGUUCCGGUCUAA